UUUAGUCACUCAGGUCAUAUGGCUGUUUGAGCAGCAGGAGCAUCGGCCGGGAUAACAAGGAAUUACUGCCGGACAUGGAUCGCGUCAUACACUAAGAAGUCAACCCAGAAGACAAAAUGGAGGACAGCGUUGACGUGAAGGCUCUGCGGGCCCGCUUCAACAGCCAGGCCCGGGCCUCCGACACCAGCAGCCGGGACAGCGGCUCGCCCAAAUCUCCACGGCCGGGGUUUGGGAGGCCGGAGAACGACAAAAUAUCAGCAGCAAUUCCUCUGCGACCUUACCAAGGCCUGGCGAGGCCUCCGAAGGAAGAGUCACCCCCACCUGUUGCUGCUUCUUUCCAACGACCUUCGAACCGGGCGCCCGUUCAGUCCGGAGACGCCACCAACAAGGUGAAGCAGACCGGAGAGAUGCUGCAGAAGAUGAUGCUGACGCACCAGAGGGCCCCGGGGCCGUUGCCGUCUCCGGCCAGGUCUCCGGUCCUGGGUCCGUCUCCGGCCACCACGCCGCUGCUGCUGCGCCAUCAGGCACGGCAGAAGAGCUCCGGGGAGGUGACCCCGCUCCGCAGGCCGCUGCCCCCCGAGGGCCCGCUGCCCCUGAAGCCCAAACGGCCCCCGAACGUCAACCUGGAGCCGUUCAGGAAGAGCCGGAGAGCAGGAGGCGGCGCCCAGAGCGACCAGAGGAGAUACUCGACGGAUGUAAGGAUGCCGGUUCCAGCGGUGAUGAGUCCGCCCAUCCCGCCACAGCGAUCCAGCAAACCCAGCAAGCUGCCGCGGCAGAUCGCCUCCGUAGACUUUGAAGAUGAACAGGAGACCUAUGACGACAUUGGAAGUUUUGAAAAGAACGAAUCCUACAGCGAUAAUAAUUCCCACUGCAUGGAUGCAGAUGAUGAUGAUGAUGACGAUGAUGAUGUGUAUGAGUUUAUUGAUGAGGAACAAGUGUCGGCAAAUCAUUCAAGUCCUGAAAAAACCAACAAGAUGGACGCGAGAAGACAGCAGGAACAAGAAAUAAAGGAUCAGCUGGAGCGUCAGAGGAAACAGGCGGAGCUGAAGAAAAACUUUCAGCUACAAGGAGAGGAGACCGUUCUGCAUACGGCCCGGGUUCGGGAGGACUGGCAGGCCGAAGGGAAGCUGGACCUCAGCGUUCGACAGGGAGACAGCGUGGAGAUCAUUCGCGUGGACAGUAACCCCAAGGGCAAAUGGUUGGCCCGUUCACUCAGCGGACAAUAUGGAUACAUCAGCAACUCGUGUGUGGAUAUCGACUAUGAAGCGGUUAAAAAAUACAGGCUGCCACCGCUGAGAAAAUUGGAUACGUUCAAUUUACCGCCGCCUCCGCCGGACCCGCCCAUGAUGCCGCACAUGGAGUCCAACAGCUUUCCUGAAGAUGAUGACGAAUAUGACGACGUUCAACCGCUGCCUGAGGAUUUCCCUCCGCCUGAGGAUUUCCCUCCACCUCCACCUGAGAUCAUCAUAAACCCCAAAGAGGAAAAAGAGCUAAGAAAAAAAUUUAAGUAUAACGGGCCUCUGCGGGUGCUGCACAGCAUGAUGGUGGACCCCAGCUGUAUCAUAAAGAAGCCAGGAGGGAAGGACCUACACGUGACUCAGGGAGAAGUCGUUGAUGUCAUCGAAGAGACGAGCAACAAGAAGUUUCUGUGUCGAAACCGGCUUGGGAAAUAUGGAUAUGUGCCAAAAUCUAUUCUUCUCGCAAUGGAAGGAGACAUUUAUGAUGAUGUGGAUUACCCUGACGAUGUUUAUGACAACGACGGCAUGGAUCACUGAAACGUUUCAAACUAACUCUGCACUUCAGCAUAUGGGAGCAAACUAUCCAGAAGAAAAACAAAAAACUUCAGGAGUUUCAAACUAGAACACCAUUAAGCUCUGACAGAGAUCCUCAUGGGAACAGACGUCUCACUUGGUUCGGGAAAAAGAUGCGUUUUCUACAAGUUUUGUUAUUUUAAGCUUUACUGGACAGAAAAAGACUGAUUUUCUGUGUGGCUCUUUCAAACAAACAAACUGUGAUGUAAACAAGUCAAACUAAUCAGUUACUGUAAAAACAAACUCAUACAGAUGUAUUACCAAACUCUCCCCACUGAAUAAACUAAAACAGACAUAUUUUCUGAUAAAAGCAACAUAUCAACACCCACUCUGAGAAAUAGAAACCGAUUAUUGCACUGUUUGUCAAAAUGCUUGUAUAGAAAUUUAAUACACUAUUUCUGUUGCUUUGUGUGUUUCUCGGCAUCCAGGAUAAUUUAAAAUAAAUGUAAUGCUGUUUCUGA